UCACUGUAUAUGAUGUUUUUUUUUUAUUUUUUAGAUACAUGCGUCCAAAUGAUAUUUACGUACAUGCUGAGAUUCAGGGAGCAUCGAGUGUCGUUGUUCGAAACCCAACUGGGGGUGAAGUACCUCCAAAAACCUUAUUGGAAGCUGGUACUAUGGCUAUUUCAUACAGUGUUGCGUGGGAUGCAAAAGUUGUUACAAACGCUUAUUGGGUGCGCAGUAACCAAGUAAGCAAAACUGCUCCCACGGGUGAGUACUUAGGUACUGGUAGCUUUAUGAUUCGUGGAAAGAAAAACUUUUUGCCAUCCUGUCAUUUAAUUAUGGGCCUUAGCUUGCUAUUUAAACUGGAAGACAGCUUUAUUGAAAAUCAUCGUGGAGAGCGGAAAGUACGAAGUUUUGAAGAAGAACAAGAACACCAAGACGAAAAUCAAUUAAAAAUAACCAAUUUAGAGAACGAAAAGUUAGAUGACAUUAUAGAGGUAGAUAUUGACCUUGAAAGGUACAAUGACAAGAAUGAUGAUGAAGAUAUGGAAAAAGAAAUUAAAAAAUUGACCCUACAGAAAGAUAUCGAAUUUCCAGAUACACAUGUUAAAGUUGAACACGAUACCGGGCGGAUAUCUCUAAAAAAUCAAUUGAUAACCUCCUAUCAGGUGUUAAAUGAAACUGAAUGUAGCAAAAAUGAUAACAAAUCUUCGGUUGAGGAGGAAGAAGAGUCCACUAUUAUCCCAGCAGCUGCUCCUCGUAGAAAACAACAACAAAAUUCUAAAAAACGCAAAGACGAAAAAGAUCGUAAAUAUCAAAAAGAACAGGAUCAGAAGCUUCAAAAACAACAGUCCACCGAUGAUAGUGAAAACAAAAACAAGUCUCAGAUAAUUAAACGUGGCCAAAAGGGCAAACUAAAAAAGAUUAGAGCCAAAUACAAGGAUCAAGAUGAAGAAGAACGACAACUGCGUAUGCAAAUUUUAAAAUCUGCUGGCAAAAAUAGUGAAAUCACAGCUGAUUUAAAGCAAGAUGAGGAAUAUUUCUCAAUGACCAAUAUCAAAUUAAAACAUCCAAGUGAACAGAAAUCAAUCCAGGGGGAAGUGGAGGAUUUGGAUGACGCACCAACUGGUGCUGAUGUUGAAAUGAUUGAUUCAUUGACUGGCCAACCAUUCGAUCAAGAUGAGUUGUUGUUUGUUAUACCAGUAGUUGCUCCCUAUCAAUCUCUUCAAAAUUACAAGUUUAAAGUUAAACUUACUCCUGGUACCGGAAAACGAGGUCGGGCAGCAAAAACAGCUCUAACUAUGUUUUCAAAGGACAAAUUGUGCACUCCAAGAGAAAGAGAUCUUCUAAAGAGUAUUCGAGAUGAAGCCUUGGCUCGCAACAUACCAGGAAAAGUAAAAUUGUCCGCUCCACAGUUACAAAAGUUCAAAAAAUAAUAUUGUUUCGUGGAUAUCUGUAAACAAAUUGCCUUUGUUAUGUUGUAAUACAAUUCUAAAAUCAAGAAUAAAUCUAUAUUAUAAAUAUAUUUUGGUCCAAUCUUUGGGUGAACGAUUAUGGAUUAAAAUUAAAUUAA